AUGCCUCCAGGAAUUCAACCAAAAUUUAUAGACAAACCAAAAAUUAAACAAUCUGGCAAAAAUGUCAUAUUUGAAGUUGUAGCUGAAGCAGAUCCAGCGCCAGAAAUUCUUUGGACAAAAGCUGGGAAUGAAAUAAAAAAUUCUUCACGUUACAAAACUAAUUGUCGUACACUUGGUAGACAACAUACAUUAACAUUAGAAAUUAAUCAAGUAACAGCUGAUGAUGGUGGAGAAUACUUGGUAACAGCCAAAAAUAAACUUGGUGAUUCAACAGCCACAAUAAAUUUGAAUAUUGGAUCAGCUAAAUCUACACCAACUAAAGCUCCGAAAUUUCUUGAGAAACCAGUGAUUCGUAUGGAUAAGUCUAAAGGUGAAGUUAUCUUAUCAUGCAGAUUAGAAGCAAAACCGGCUGCAACACUGACAUGGUAUUUAAAUGAUCAAGAAAUAAACGAAAUCUCUGGGAAACGUGCAUGGGAAGUUUCAGAGCAACCUGAUGAUGUUUAUAUUAUUGAAAUACACAUUUUAUCACCAAAACCAGAAGAUGGUGGUAUGUAUAAAAUUCAUGCAAAAAAUUCAGCUGGAGAAAGUAAUGCAAAUAUCAAUUUAAAUCUACAAGCAAAUCAGAAACAAGCAGGAAAAGGGCCAGUAUUUGAAAAGCCGAAAAUAUACCAAAAUAAUCUAGGACGUGAUGUAAUUUUAGAAUGUCGUUGUAGUGCAGAUCCUGCACCUACCUUCACUUGGUAUCAAAAUACAAAAGAACUUAAAGCAAGACCAGGUAGAUAUGAAAUGGAAGAGAAUAAAGACGGUGCAGUAUUCUUAAACAAAUUAAAAAUAAUUAAUUUUAUGAAUGCAGAUGCAGGCACAUACAAAUUAAUGGCCAAAAAUAAUUCAGGUGAUGCGACUGCAGUUAUGGAGGUAAAAAUGCCUAAGAUUGUCGGAAUGCCAAAUAUUCGUUUUGAAGAUAACAAUCAACGUGCUUUUCUUGAGGUCCGUGUCGACUCUGGGAAUCCUCCAGAAGCAAAAUGGUCACAUUCAGGGAAAAGUAUCAAAGUGGAAGGACGCUAUAGCUCAGAAUGUACAAUGGAAGGUAGAAAUUACGUGAUGAAUCUCACAAUUAAUGAUCUAACCGAAAAAGACUCUGGACUAUAUGAAUGUGAAAUUUUCAACGGUGUUGGUAAAGUACAACAGUCAAUUACAGUUAAAGUACCACCCAAAGAUCCUAAAGUCAAACUUCCACAAAUCGUAGGAUACUUGAGCAGCCAGACUGCUGAAUUAGGACGAACAUUUAUAAUGACGGUAGAUUAUGCAGUUGGUUCAGUUACUCCACAAGCUAAGGUACUGAAAAAUGGAAAUGAUCUAUCACUUGACAAACGAUGUACUGUUCGAGUUGAUUCUACUAAACAUUCAGUUAUAAUCACAAUAAAAAAUGUACAAAUGGAUGAUAAAAGUACAUAUACUCUUCAAUUGUUAGCAAAUGGUAAUGUUUGUGAUAAAGGAAAUUUUGAUUUAUCAGUUAUUCAAGUGAAUGAUGAAGCAAAUGAAGAGGUUGAUGAAGUUGGUGAAUUACACGUACCUUCAAACAAAGGAAGUCGACGCUCAUCAACUGUUAAAAAGGAGGAGGAAUAUCUUAAUCGUCGCUCUUCACAGGAAAAGCCAGGUCUUCUAGAUCCUAAGGCUUUGGAACAAUCACUUCAGGCUAGACGUGAUUCAAUGACUAAUCGGAGAACGUCACUGGCUGAUGCAAUCCCUGGAUUUGCUGGAUUAAAGCAUCGGGAGACACCGAAAGUUGAAAAAGAAUAUUUUGUUGAAGAGUUACAAGAUGUAAAAAUUAAAGAAGGUAGUUUAAAAGCGUUGCUCAAGUGUACCUUCUGCAAGUCAACAUCUAAAUUUCGUUGGUAUAAAAACAAGUUGGAAAUAUUUCAAGGGCCAAAAUAUAAUUUUUUGCAAGAAGGUAAUGAAUUCGCUUUAGAAAUCAAAAAGAUUGCUAUGGAAGAUGUAGGCAAAUAUACUUGUAAAUGUAAUGAUAUUUCAACAACUUGUACAAUACAAGUUGAAGAAAAAAAGCAUACAUAUCAUUUCAAUCAAAAAUUGCCUAAAACAGCUGAAGUUGUUCGAGGUAAAGAUUUAACAGUUGAAUGUUCUGUGUCCGAUCCAAGAGCAACUGUUGCAUGGUAUCAUAAAGGUGAAAAAGUUGAAUAUGUGGCUGGUAAAAUUGAAAUUAAACGUCGUGAAAAUCGUUGUAUUCUUCGUAUUGUACGAGCCAGACCUGAACAAGAAGGUGAAUACUGUUGUAUUGUAGAAGGGGAUGAAACAUAUAUGGAUAUUGCAGUUGAAGAUCCUGACUGGUCUUUUACGCGAGAACUUAAACCUCAACAAGCUUUAGAAAAUGAUGAAGUGGUAACAUUUGAAUGUGAAGUGUCCGAUCGAGAUGCUGAAGUUACUUGGUAUAAAAAUGGAGAGCCUAUUACAGCCAACGAUAAAUAUGAAAUGCUAGCUGAAAAGAAAGUGAAACGUAUUUUAAAAGUGAAGAAAAUUACCAUGACUGAUGAUGCAGAAUACACUUGUAAAGUUGCCAAGAAGACAACUACUGCUACUUGCACAGUAAAACCUGAUGUUGAAUUCAGACAAAAUCUUAUCGAUACAAAAGGUAUUGAAACAAAACAUAAAGAAUUAGAAUGUCGUGCAUUUAAUCCUAAAAAAUAUCCAGUUUAUUGGUUUAAAGAUGGUUUACCUAUAGAACUAAAUGAUCGUAUUUCAACAACAGAAAUUGAAGGUUCUUUAUACUUAAUAUUUCAAUAUUUGGAAAUGGAUGAUACAGGAUAUUAUAGUUGUAAAAUUGGUAAUCAUGAAACUAAAGGACUUUUAGAGGUACAAGAAUGUGAAAAACCUCCAUCAGUUGAUCUUACAAAUUUCAAGGCUCAAGCCACCCUAAAGAAAGGGGCUAACUUCAUGACAGCAGUUCCAUUUAAGGGUUUCCCUGUACCACAAGUUGUUCUUAUGUGUAAUGGAGAACCUGUGAAUGAAGAAAUUAAGUUGAAACCUGUUGUUAAGGGAAAUAUUGUCGAAUUACAGUUAGAGGAUGCUGCUAGAGCUGACAGUGGAAAAUAUGAAUUGAAAUUGAAAAAUGAACUUGGUGAAGCUUCAGUACCACUUGAACUUAAUGUCCUUGAUCGCCCUGGCAAACCACGUGGUCCGUUAUUGUUAACUAGCUUAUCAGCUAAAAAAUGUGUACUUGAGUGGGAUCCACCUGAAGAUGAUGGCGGCUCACCAAUCAAACAUUAUGUUGUUGAAAAGAUGGAUGUUUCUGAUGGUAAUUGGAAACUGGUUAAAAAUGCUAAAGCACCUCAAUGUGAAGUCGAAUUGGAAGAAGGCCAUAAAUAUAAAUUUCGUGUACGUGCUGUUAAUAACGAAGGUGAAAGUGAAAAUUUAGAAGUCGAUAAGGAGGUCCUAGCCCGUGAUGUUUGUGAUCCACCGGAUGCACCGACUGGACUAGAGAUUGAAGAUUAUGAUCGUGAUCAUGCGAAAUUAAAGUGGCUUCCACCAAGACGUGACAAUGGUGCACCUGUAUUAAAAUAUAUCCUUGAAGCUAAAGCAAAAAGUAAAAAUAAGUGGGAAACGGUAAAAGAGGUUUCUGAUCCAGCAGCUAAAGUUGAUCUAAAAGAAGGUGAAGAAUAUGAAUUCCGUGUAACUGCAGUCAAUAAAGCCGGUAAAUCAGAACCAAGUGAAGUUAGCAAACCACUUAUAGCCAAACCACGUUUCUUGAAACCAUUCAUCAUUAAAACUGGUUUAAAACCAAUAAAAGUAAAAGUCGGUGAAGUUGUUCAAUUAAAGCUUGAUUUUCGCGGUGAACCAGAUCCUGUAGCAGUCUGGUCAAAAGAAUCAACUCCCCUUGAAUCAACACCAGAAAUUGAAUUAACUUUUGAACCACGAUCGGCGUCUCUUAAAAUUUUAUCAGCUCAGCGUAAGGAUACUGCUUUGUAUACUUUGAGAGUAAGUAAUGAAGUUGGAGAGGAUCAGGCAAGCAUUGAAGUUGUUGCACUUGGUAAACCAUCUCGUCCAGUUCCACCAAUGGAAAUUACAGAAGUUACCAAAAAUUCUGCUCAGUUAAGCUGGAAAAAACCGGAGGAUGAUGGUGGUACACCGAUCACGCACUAUAAAGUUGAAAAAAUGAACAUGAAUAAAGGCCGAUGGGAACCUGUAGCUGAAGUAACUAAAGGAUUAACAGCAACUGUGAAUAAAUUAGAAGAAGGUCAACCAUAUAAAUUCCGUAUAAUUGCUGUUUCAAGUCAAGGAGAAAGUGAACCACUUGAAUGUGAUACUGAAAUAACUGCUAAAAAUCCAUUUGAAAGACCUGGUCCACCAGAGAAACCAAAGAUUGCUGACUAUGAUCGCACUCACAUAGAUAUAAAAUGGGAACCACCUGAAGAUGAUGGAGGUGCACCUAUAAAAGGCUAUCAUGUUGAGCGCAGAGAGCCAAGGUCGCAACGGUGGAUGCGUUUGACACGUGUUCCUCAACAGGAACUUACAUAUUCUGAUUCCGGAGUUCGUGAAGGAAAAGAAUACGAAUAUCGUGUGAUAGCAGUGAAUGAAGGUGGCUUAAGUGAUCCAAGUCCUCCGACUGAUUUACAAUUUGCUAAGGCUAGUCGAGAACCUCCUAAAUUAAAACUAACUGAAUUGCCUUUGGGAAUAAAACAAGAGAUCCGAUUAAGAGCCGGUGAACCAUUACAUAUGCCUAUUCCAAUAACUGGUGCCCCUACACCUACAAUAACGUGGUCCAAAGACAAUAAACCAUUGCCAACUCGUUGUCAACUGCAAAAUUCUGAAGAACAUACUUGUUUAGAUGUACCCAAAUCAAUACGUGAUGAUUCGGGUCUCUAUAAAAUUCAUUUAGCUAAUGAAUAUGGUCAAGAUGAAGCAGUUGUUAAAGUUAUUGUAAUGGAUAAACCUUCACCACCAAUCAAUGUAGAAGCAAUCGAUGUGUAUGCUGAAUCAUGUAAACUUAUUUGGAAACCACCAGUGGAUGAUGGAGGUACACCAAUAACAGAUUAUCUAGUUGAACGAUGUGAUGAAACUGGCAUUUGGGAACGUGUAUCCGGACUAGUUACAGAUAAUUCAAUAAAUGUCAAGAAUUUGAUUAAAGGGAAAUCUUACCGUUUUCGUGUAUCUGCUGUAAAUAUGAUAGGAAAUAGUGAACCAGGGGAGACAAAAACUGCGAUACUUGCCAAAAAUCCUUAUGAUCCUCCUGGUGCACCAGAAAAAUUGAAUAUUGAUGAAUAUGAUAAACGUUCAGUGAAAUUAUCUUGGAAACCCCCAGCAGACGAUGGAGGUAACCCAAUCAAAGGUUACCUAAUUGAAAAAAGAUUACCUCGAGGUGAAUGGCGUAAGGCGACAGGAUCACUUGUCCCUGGCACAGAAGCAACAGUUACUGGAAUAGAAGAGGGUCAAACCUACGAGUUUCGUGUCAGUGCUGUUAACGAUGCCGGACCUGGUAAACCUUCUAAAGCCACUGAACCACAUCUGGUCAGGGAUCCAGUUUAUCCACCUGGACCACCUGAAGGGUUGAAUGUGGAAAAGGCUAAUAAAAAUGGUGUCAAACUUUCUUGGAACAAACCACGACGUGAUGGUAAUGCACCAGUCACUGGUUAUGUAGUAGAAAAGAAAGGGGAUGAUGAUCAAUGGAUUCCUGUUCAGAAUACAACUAAUCCAUGCGCAUUUGUCCCAAUGAAAGAAGGAGAAACAGGGCAAUUUAGAGUUCGAGCAGUCAAUUCAGAAGGACCAGGAGAGCCAACAAAACCGACAGCUGUAAUCACUGCUGUAGAUCCACCUGAACCUCCAAGAAUAUGUACACCUGAAGAGGGAGUUGGAGGUCCUGGCUCUGGAGUAGGUGGGCUGAAAGAUAUUACUCUCAAGGCUGGUCAAGAGUUGUUACUAGCUGCGGCUUGGUUUGGAAGUCCUAAACCAAAUCCUACGUGGACACUAAAUGAGAAAGUUGUCAAACCAGAUGGCAAACUUAUCCAAAUCUCAGAUGAACCUCCACCACCACCUGCCAACCCUGGUCCUGGCGGAGCAUUAGAACAAUCUUCCGGUGGAACAGCUGUUCUUCGAAUUCCAAAGGCACGUCGAAGUGAUGGCGGUAACUAUGAAUUGACCCUAACGAAUGAUCUUGGGCAAGUCAAGACAUCUUGUCAUGUUGAAGUUCUAGACGUCCCUGGACCUCCAGAAGGGCCUUUAGAAGCAACUGAUGUGAAUGCUGAAGAAAUUACACUUAAAUGGAAACCUCCAUUAGAUGAUGGGGGACAACCAAUUUCAAAUUAUAUUCUUGAAAAACGAGUUAAGGGAAGUGAUAAUUGGCAGAAAGUUAGCGCUUUCUUGAAUUCACCAAAUGCAACUGUUAAAAAUUUAGAAGUUGGACAAGAGUAUGAAUUUAGAGUGAUGGCUGAAAAUCCUAUGGGCGUUAGUGAACCACUUUUAACAAUAAAAGCUAUUAAAGCAAGACACCCUUAUGAUCCACCUUCAGGUAUGAAGAAACCUAUCAUCGAAACUACAACUGAUGACUCGGUAACUUUAUCUUGGGAACCACCAAUGAAAGGUCCAACCACUGGUUAUAUUGUAGAAAAAAGACCAAAAGGUUCUAGAGAAUGGACAAAAGCGAAUACAGGCAAUGUAACAGGUACUGAGUACACUGUGAAAGGUUUACCGAAAGGAAAAGAAUUUGAAUUUCGUAUUGUACCAUACAAUUUGGCUGGUAAUGGUGAACCAAGUGAACCAACAGAACUAAUCAAAGUUCAAUUCCCAAUAACUCCGCCAAAAAUAGGACGUAAUGUACCACGUGAAGUGACUGGACGUGUUGGAGAACCAUUUAAAAUUCAUGUACCUUUUACUGGAAGUCCACCAGAUAAAGUGGAAGUGACUAAGAAUGGAAUCCCUGUACCACUUGAAGGUGGUCGUUUCAAAGUGGAAAUCACUCCUGACGAAGUUAUCAUUACGGAUAAAGAAGCAGAGAAAAAUGAUGGAGGCUUGUAUAAAAUUGAUUUGGAAAAUGAGAAAGGUCGUGAUUCAGCUCCCGUCAAUGUAAAAGUUGUAGGACCACCUGAACCACCUCAAGGACCAUUGGAAAUUAGUCACAUCAAAAAUAAUUCAUGUUCAUUAAGUUGGAAUCCGCCAGCAGAUAAUGGUGGAAGUCCAAUAACAAAUUAUAUUGUUGAAAAACAAAAUACUAAAACCGGUGAUUGGAGUGUCGUCAACUCAUUUGUUCGCACACCGAACUGCGAUGUAACUGGCUUGGAUGAAGGUAACAUGUACCGAUUUCGUGUACGUGCAGCUAAUGAAAUCGGUGUAAGUGAGCCUCUAGAUGCGGACAGAGCAAUAGUUGCAGAAAAUCCCUCAACUGUACCUGGAGCUCCUGGAAAUCUUACACCAGCAGAUGUGGAUGCUAAUAAAGUGACAUUAGAAUGGACUAAACCUAAAUCAGAUGGAGGACGUCGUAUUAUAGGCUAUGUAGUUGAAUAUAAACCUGUAAAUUCAGAUGAAUGGCGUUCAGCUCCAGAAGGAUUAGUCAAGGGUAAUUCCACAACUGUCGAUGGACUUAAGAAAGGAGAAAAAUAUCUAUUUCGAGUUUGUGCUAAAAAUGAGGUUGGACUUAGUGAACCGUGUACAGCUAACCGACCAGUUGAAUGCAAACCUAAAUUCACCACAGCUGAUAGUCCUGGUACACCUACUGUUGAAGAUGUUGGGAAGAAUUUUGUCGAUUUAACCUGGUCUAAACCAAUGAAAGAUGGAGGUGCUCGUAUCACUGGUUAUUUAGUAGAGAAACGGAAAAAGUUUGCUCCUGACUGGGAACCCGCUACACCAGAUGGAAAGCCUGUUAUGAAUAACAAUGCUCAUGUUGAUGGCCUUGAUGACAAUGCUGAGUAUGAAUUCCGUGUGAGUGCUGUAAACGCCGCAGGAAUUGGUGAACCGAGUCAACCUACAGAAUUAACCAAAAUAUGUCCAAAACGAGAUAAGCCACAACCACCAUCAGACGUUGAAGCUAAAGAUAUAUAUGCUGAUAGUUGUGUAUUAACCUGGAGCCCACCUGAAUCAGACGGCGGAUGUCCAAUCAUCGACUAUAUCGUUGAAAAGUGUGAUGCAACCACUGAAGUAUGGGAACGUGUUCCAGCUGUAGUCACUAGUACAAGUUGUCCAAUCAAAGGUUUAGUUGAAGGUAAACGUUAUCGUUUCCGUGUAUCUGCUGUGAAUGCUAUGGGACCAAGUGAACCAGCAGAAACGAAUACAGCAAUUACAGCUAAAAACCCAUUUGAUGCACCGGAUGCACCAGAAAAUGUAAAAGUUGAAUCAUUUGACAGUCAUGGAGUUACGUUAGCAUGGAAACCACCAGAAAAUGAUGGGGGAAAUCCGAUUCAUGGUUAUUUGAUUGAAAAACGCACACCAAACGGAGAAUGGAAACCAGCCACAACAGGAUUAGUGCAUGGAAAGGAGGCCGAAUUAACAGGUUUAGAAAAAGGACAAACUUAUGAAUUUCGUGUUAGCGCAGUAAAUGACGCUGGAGCUGGACGUCCAUCUAAAGCGACAUUGCCUCAAGUUAUAAAAGAUCCAACAUACCCACCUAGUGCACCAGAUUCAAUUAAUGUGGAUAAAGUUAAUAAAAAUGGUGUAAAAUUAUCAUGGCAAAAACCACGUAAAGAUGGUGGAAGUAAAAUCACUGGAUAUCAAGUGGAAAAGAAAGAUGAAAAUGGUAAUUGGGUACCUGUGAAACAGACUACAGAACCAUGUGCAUUCAUCCCAAUGAAGGAGGGUGAGACUGCACAAUUUCGUGUACGUGCAGUGAACGAUGAGGGUCCAGGUGAACCGACUCGACCUACUGCACCUGUGACAGCUGUUGAUCAACCAGAAGCACCGAGAAUAUGUACCCCUGAUGAUUGUGUUGGUGGUUUAGGCAGUGGAGUCGGGGGCCUCAAGGAUGUUAAGCUGAAGGCUGGUCAAGACUUAAAGCUUCCUGUUGCUUGGUUUGGUCAUCCGAAGCCAAGAUUUAAUUGGAGUCAAAACGAUAAACCUAUACAAAUUGAUGGUAAACGAGUAAAUGAAACAAAUGAAGCCCUACCACCACCUGCAAAUCCUGGACCUGGAGGAGUUCUUGAAAUGUCUCCAGGAGGUACAGUAGUUUUGUCAGUUGGAAAAGUCCGUCGUGCAGAUAAAGGUCAAUAUCAGUUGACAAUUGUCAAUGAACAAGGUCAAGCAACUACUUCUUGUCAAGUAGAAGUAAUUGACGUACCAAGUCCACCAGGUGGACCACUUGAAGCAACAGACGUGAAAGCAGAUGAAAUAACUUUGAGAUGGAAAGCACCUGAAGAUGAUGGUGGUGAACCAAUAACUAACUAUGUGCUACAAAAGAGACGUAAAGGUUCAGAUAAUUGGGAAAAGGUCAGUGGAUUCUUAAAUUCACCGAAUGCAACUGUUAGAAAUCUAGAAGAGGGCACAGAAUAUGAAUUCCGUGUAACGGCUGAAAAUGCAAUGGGUCAAAGUGAACCUUUAAUAACAACCCAACCGAUUAAAGCUAAACAUCCAUUUGAUCCUCCAUCCGGUAUGCAAAAGCCAACUGUUGAAGAUACAAGUGAUGAUUCAGUUACCUUAGCCUGGGAACCUCCACGUAAAGGUCCUGUUACAGGAUAUAUUGUAGAAAAAAGAGCUAAAGGAGAUAAAAACUGGUCUAAAGCCAAUGCAGCUCCAAUAUCCGGCACAGGUUAUACUGUCAAGAAUUUACCAAAAGGAAAAGAAUUUGAAUUUCGUGUCAUUCCAGUCAAUGCAGCUGGUCAAGGUGAACCAAGUGAACCGACUAAAUUUAUUAAAGUACAGAAACCCAUUACUAUUCCAAAGAUAACUGUUGAUGCACCAAAAGAAAUAAAUGCUCGCCUAGGUGAACCAUUUAAAAUUCGAAUUCCAUUUACUGGUGGACCACCAGAAGAAGUCGAGUUGAUAAAAGAUGGCAAGCCUGUCCCAUUAGAUACAAAUCGUUUUAAACUUGAAGUGACACCAAAUGAAGUUAUUAUCACAGAUACAAAAGCGGAAAAAGAAGAUGCUGGACAGUAUAAAGUUGCUUUGAAAAAUGAAAAAGGUGAAGCCAGUCAUCCACUCACCGUGAAAGUACUAAGUCCACCUGAUACUCCUGAAGGUCCUUUGGAAGUUAGUGAUAUCAAAGGUGAUUCGUGUAAAUUAACAUGGAAUCCUCCAAAGAAUAAUGGAGGCAGUCCGAUAACAAAUUAUAUUGUGGAGAAACUGGAACCGAGAACUGGAGAAUGGUUGCCUGUUAGUAAAUUUGUCCGAACUCCAGAAUAUGAAGUUACUGGUUUAGAACCAGGAAACAAUUACAGAUUUCGUGUACGAGCUGAAAAUGAACUUGGAACAAGUGAACCUUUAGAAACAAGCCGUUCAAUACUGGCUGAAGAACCAAGUACUGUACCAGAUGCGCCAAAUAAUUUGACCGUGGCUGAUGUAGAUGCUAAUAAAGUUACACUGGAAUGGUCUAAGCCGCGUAAUGAUGGUGGUAAACGCGUAAACGGUUAUGUAGUUGAAUAUAAACCACUCAAUUCAACAGAAUGGGAACAAGCUGCUAUUGUAAAAGAUUUAACUGCCACUGUCGAUGGGUUGAAAAAGGGUGAAAAAUAUAUGUUCCGUGUUUCUGCUAGAAAUGAAGUAGGUGUGAGUCAACCAUGCUCAACCAAUCGUGCAGUGGAAUGUAAACCGAAACAUACUACAGCCGAUAGCCCAGGACGACCAAAUGUAGAUGAUAUAGGAAAGAAUUCAAUCGAUUUAUCCUGGUCACGUCCAGCUAAAGAUGGUGGUGCUAAGGUGACAGGGUAUAUUGUCGAAAAACGGAAAAAGAAUUCACCAGAUUGGGAACCUGCUGUAUCAGGAAAUACACCUGUUACUGGUACACAAGCACACAUCGAUGAUUUAGAUGAGAAUGGUGAAUAUGAAUUCCGUAUCAAACCAGUAAAUGCAGCUGGAGUUGGUGAACCAAGUGAACCUACUCCGAUGACUAAAAUUAGACCAAAAAGAGAUAAACCAAAUCCACCUGAAGACGUUGAAGUCACUGAUCUUUCAGCAGAUAGCUGUAAACUAAGCUGGAAACCUCCGGCUAAAGAUGGAGGCGCUCCGAUUACUGAUUAUAUCGUUGAAAAAUGUGACGCAACAACUGGAAUCUGGGAGAAAGUUCCUGCUUUAAUUGUGGGAACAUCAUGUCCUAUUAAAGGUUUAGUUGAAGGGAAACGUUACCGCUUUCGAGUAUCAGCUGUUAAUCCAUUAGGUCAAAGUGAACCUACUGAAUUAUUAAAUGCUGUAACGGCUAAAAAUCCUUUCGAUGCACCAGAUUCACCUGAUAAUUUAAAUAUGGAUUCAUUUGAUAAACAUUCUGUGGAUCUCUCAUGGACUCCACCAAAACAUGACGGUGGAAAUCCUAUUAAAGGAUAUCUUAUUGAAAAGCGUACACCUAAAGGUGAAUGGAAACAAGCAACAAAUGGAUUGGUAACAAAUCCUUCAGCUCAUUUAACAGGUCUUGAACCAGGUGAAACUUACGAAUUCCGUGUAAGUGCCGUGAAUGACGCUGGUCCAGGGCGCCCAUCAAGGGCCACAGCACCUCAUGUUAUGAAAGAUCCAAGUUAUCCUGCUGCAGCACCAGAGUCAUUAAAUGUGGAUAAAGUUAAUAAAAAUGGUGUAAAAUUAUCAUGGCAAAAACCACGUAAAGAUGGUGGUAGUAAAAUCACUGGAUAUCAAGUAGAAAAGAAAGAUGAAAAUGGUAAUUGGGUACCUGUGAAACAGACUACAGAACCAUGUGCAUUCAUCCCAAUGAAGGAGGGUGAGACUGCACAAUUUCGUGUACGUGCAGUGAACGAUGAGGGUCCAGGUGAACCGACUCGACCUACUGCACCUGUGACAGCUGUUGAUCAACCAGAAGCACCGAGAAUAUGUACCCCUGAUGAUUGUGUUGGUGGUUUAGGCAGUGGAGUUGGUGGUUUGAAAGAUAUUAAUAUAAAGGCUGGACAGGAAUUAAAAUUACCAGUGGCUUGGUUUGGUCAUCCAAAGCCUACAUUUAAUUGGACAUUAAAUGGUGAACCAGUGAAGAUUGAUGGAGUUCAUGUUACCCAAAAAGACGAGCCUUUACCACCUCCCUCUCAUCCUGGACCUGGAGGACAUUUGGAACUUUCACCUGGUGGCGUUGUCGUACUCGUUAUUCCUAAAGUGAAACGGUCUGAUCAUGGAAGAUAUCAACUGACAGUAAUGAAUGAUUUGGGUCAAGCAAGUACUUCAUGUCAGGUAGAGGUUAUGGAUGCUCCAUCUGCACCUGGAGGACCUCUUGAAGCAACUGAUAUCAGUGCAAAUGAAAUAACCUUGAGCUGGAAGCCUCCUACAGAUGAUGGUGGACAGCCUAUUACUAAUUACAGACUUGAGAAACGUCCGAAAGGUUCAGAUAGUUGGCAGACAGUUAGUGGAUUUUUAAAAUCACCGAAUGCAACAGUCAGAAAUCUUGAAGAAGGUACAGAAUAUGAAUUUAGAGUUAUGGCUGAAAAUCCAUUAGGACUUAGUGAACCACUCAUGACAAGUUCACCAAUAAAAGCAAGGCAUCCAUUUGAUCCACCUUCUGGAAUGUCACAGCCAACAGUUGAGAAUGUUACAGAUGAUUCAGUGACAUUAUCGUGGGAGCCACCUAGAAAAGGUCCAAUUACUGGUUAUACAAUAGAAAAGCGUGGAAAAGGAGAUCGUGCUUGGACUAAGGUAAAUGUACAUCCAUUGUCAACAAAUGAAUAUACCAUAAGAGGUUUACCACAGAGUAAAGAAUUCGAAUUUCGAGUUGUUCCAUUCAAUGCUGCUGGUGCAGGUGAACCUAGUGAACCGACAGGUUACGUUAAAAUUCAAAAGCCCAAAGCUGCUCCUAAAAUCAGUCCUGAUGCACCUAAACAAGUAAAUGUUACAAAAGGUGAACCGUUUAAAAUUCGUAUUCCGUACACUGGAAGUCCACCAGAUGUUGUGGAAGCUACCAAAGAUGGUGUACCAGUUAUUUUAGAUGAUGGUCGAUUCGUCGUAACUAUUACACCUGACGAGGUUAUUAUCGUUGGGAAGAAAGGAGAUAAACAAGAUGAAGGGCCAUAUAAGAUUACAUUAAAAAAUGAUAAAGGUCAAGAUACUUUACCAAUUAAGAUUAAUGUUCUUGGACCACCAGAUAGUCCACAAGGACCACUUGAAGUGAAAAAUAUCAAGUCAGAUUCAUGUACACUUGGUUGGAAGCCACCAAAGGAAACUGGUGGUUGUCCAAUAACUCAUUAUGUAGUUGAGAAACAAGAUCAAAGUACUGGCGAAUGGACACCAGUUAGUAAAUUUGUACGUGGUACAGAAUACGAUGUACUUGGUUUAGAUGAAGGCAAGAAACAUAAAUUUCGUGUUCGAGCUGCAAAUGAAUUUGGUCUUAGUGAACCACUUGAACUAGAUCAUACAAUUACAACAGAGAAUCCAUCAACUGAACCUGGAGCACCAGGCAAUGUUGAAGUAGCCGAUGUUGAUUCAAAUUCAGUUACAUUAGAAUGGUCAAAGCCAAGAUCCGAUGGUGGUAGUAAAAUAAACGGCUAUGUAAUCGAGUUUAGACCAGUAAAUGGUGGAAGUUGGGAGAAAGCGCCAACAGGACCUAUUAGAGGAAAUAGUGGAACAGUUACUGGUCUUUCCCCCGGUGAAAAAUAUGUAUUUCGUGUUCUUGCUAAAAAUGAUGUUGGCACUAGUGAACCAAGUUCAUCAACACGUCCUAUUGAAUGUAAACCAAAAUAUGUACCAGCAGGUAGCCCUAGUGAACCCAACGUUGAUGGAGUUGGCAAGAAUUGGAUUGAUUUAUCAUGGUCAAGGCCAAACAACGAUGGUGGUGCUAGAAUUACUGGAUAUAUUGUUGAAAAGCGCAAAAAAGACUCUCCAGAUUGGGAGGUAGCGACAUCAGACGGUAAACCUAUCAGCAGUAACUACGUACGUCUUGAUAAUCUUAACGAAGGAGAUAUGUAUCAAUUCCGUGUCAAAGCAGUUACUGCAGCUGGACCAGGUGAACCAAGUAAUCCGACUCCCAUUAUCAGAAUUGAAGAUAAAAAACCUACCGCAACACCUGAUUUUGUCACGAAAAUUCGUCCUACAACCGCACCUAUCGGAGGCACAGCUGGAUUCGAAGUACAAGUUGAUGGUCAACCACUUCCUUCUGUACGCUGGUUUAGAGAUGGUAUAGAACUUUUACCAGGUAACCGUAUUAAGAUCAAUCCACCUGGUCCUGAUGGAAAAGCGAGCAUUGAAAUACAUGAUCUUGACGAAAAAGACAGUGGGACAAUAACUUGUCAAGUAUCGAAUCCUUCUGGUAAAAACUCAUGUUCAGCUCCAUUUGAAGUAUUGGCAAUACCCAAGAUACUGGGCAAUAUUGAUGAUAAAGUGGCUUCAGAAGGCGAUCUUGUUAAACUUAAAGUUCCUUACUCUGGUCGAGGAUCUAUCACGUUGAAAUUAAAGUGUAAUGGUCAUGAAUUACCGGAAUCUAGUCGAGUUAAAUUGAUGGAUUUAGAUGGAACAGCAUCUAUUCAACUAAAAGAUGUAACAAGAAAUAUGAGCGGAUACUAUACUUUAGAAAUUGGAAAUGAAAGUGGUUUCAGUUCAGUACCAUUCAAUUUAAAAGUAACAUCUCCUCCAGGAGAAUGUCAAGGCCCAAUUACUGUUACGGAUACAACACCUUUCAGUACGCGAUUGUCAUGGAAACCUCCAAAGGAUGACGGGGGAUCUAAAAUUACUCACUAUGUUAUCGAGCGUCAAGAGGUUGGUAAAGAUCGCUGGGUCCCUGUAUCAUCUGGUAGUAAGGAACCAAAUUGUGAAGUACAAGGUCUUCAAGAAAAUACACAUUAUCUGUUCCGUGUGGCUGCUGUCAAUGAUUGUGGUCAAGGUGAUUGGUUCCAAGUGCCGAAUGAAGUAAUUGCUAAGUAUCCGUUUGACAAACCUGGAAAACCAGGUGAUUUAACUGCUAACGAAGUUGGUGGAGAUUUUGUUAAUCUUGCAUGGACUAGACCUUCCACAGAUGGUGGUGGUCGUAUACGUGGUUAUAUUGUAGAAAAACGUGAAGUUGGUGGACAGAACUGGUCGCGUGUCACUCCAAAUCCUAUACUUACACUCAGUUACAAUGUUCCGAAUUUGAUUGAGGAUAAAACCUAUGAGUUUCGUGUUAUGGCUGUCAAUGAUGCCGGCGAAAGCGAACCAACUAUGAUAGAUCGACCCGUGUGUGUUAAAGAUCCUAAAGCUGUUUCACGACCGACGUUCAUCAGUGGUCUUAAACCACAGAUUGUAAAUGAAGGUAGAGAUGCUGUAUUUGAAAUUGAAGUCGACUGUUCAUCGAAUUACGAUGUAGUAUGGUCAAAAGGUCCUCGAGAUCUUGUUGAGUCCCAUCGUAUUGAAAUGACUAAAGAAGGACGCUUCCAUUAUUUAACGGUUCGUAACUGUGGCCUUGAAGAUGCUGAUGAGUAUAGUAUCAAAGUUUCAAAUCGAGGUGGUUCCAAAGUCAGCCGAGCACCACUGUCUGUCAAAUCUAAACCUCAAAUACAUUUACCAAGCCGUUGGCAAGAGCCUACAGAAUGGGAACGUGGUGAUUCUAUUGUAAUCAAAGUACCAUAUACAGGAUUCCCUAAACCGAAAGCUAAAUGGACAUUAAAUGGUAAGGAUAUAAGGGAAGGGAAAAAUGUCAAUACUCUGCUGAAAGAUCGUCACGCUAUAAUCACCUUGGAGAAUGUAGGCGAAGAAUUCUCGGGCAAAUUAAAUAUAACAUUAGAAAAUGAAAUGGGAUCAGAUUCAGCAAAUAUUGAAUUACGAAUAAACGACAGACCACCACCACCAAUCAAUUUAAAAGUAGAAGGUGUAGCUGAUGGAUCAGCACUUUUAUCUUGGAGUAUGCCUGAAGGGACUGGGUAUAUUUCUCAGUAUAUCAUUGAACGAUGUGAAAUGCCUGGUGAUACUUGGAUUAGAGCAGGUACUAAUCGUUUCUCAACGUAUAAUUGUGAAGGACUUGUCAAUGGUAAAGAAUAUCGAUUUCGUGUAAUUGCAGAAAAUCUGCAUGGUCGAAGUGAUCCAUGUCAACCUACUGAAAGUCACUUAAUUGCUGCAGAUACUCGUCAGCGUGGUGCUCGUCGAGGACGCGAAGAAGGUCGUAGUGAUUAUACUGGACCUCCAAUUGAAAACUAUGAUAGAUUUCAUCGAAAUAUUUGGGACAAGCAAAUACCACUGCCAACUCAAGUUCAUAAAGGUGAAAGUGUUUAUGACUAUUAUGACAUCAUGGAAGAACUUGGGAUUGGAACAUUUGGUGCCGUUCAUCGAUGUCAAGAGAAGACUACGGGUAAUUCGUAUGCGUGUAAAUUUGUGAACACUGAUACACCACAAGAUAAACAUGUUGUUUUAAAUGAAGUUGAAGUGAUGAAAGAAUUGCAUCAUCCGAAAUUACUCAACCUUCACGAAGUAUUCGAUGAUAAGAAUGAUGUAGCGAUGGUUAUGGAACUACUUACUGGCGGUGAACUACUUGACCGAUUAGCAGAUGAAAAUUCUACAAUGUCUGAAGCUGAUGCUAUUAAUUAUAUUCGACAAGUAUGCGAAGGUAUACAACAUAUGCAUGAUACAAAUGUCAUACAUCUGGACAUAAAGCCGGAAGAUUUAAUGUUUGAAACAUCGAAAUCAAAAAAUCUAAAAAUUGUAGAUUUCAGUUUAUCAAGGAAAUUAGAUCCUAAAACACCAGUUAAAGUUAGUUUAUCACAUCCAGAAUUUGCUGCACCAGAAAUUACACGAUCUGAACCAGUUGGAUUUUAUACAGAUAUGUGGGCAAUUGGAGUUUUGACUUAUAUGAUUUUAAGCGGUUUAUCACCCUUUGCUGGAAAUACUACAGCUGAAACAAUAGAGAAAAUUGGAAGAGGUCAAUUUACAUUCAAUCAUGAUGCAUUCAAUGGAAUUUCGGCUAAUGGUAAAGAUUUUAUUAGUAAAUUGUUACAAAAACAACCAAACCAGCGUAUGACUAUCUAUGAAGCCCUAAAACAUCCCUGGCUUAAUGAAGCAAUCACAGACGAACAGCGCCGACGUAUUCCACCUUCACGUUAUAAAGAAUGUCAAAGACAAAUGCAUGAAAGAAUGGGUGAUAUAUAUCAAAGAAGCCCGGCUAUUGGUCAUUUGGCAAACUAUUCAUCAAUACGUCAAAAUAGACGAGAUAAAUAUCAAAUACAAGAAACAAAUUUCGAUCGUAAAGAGGCUGGUCCACGUUUUGUAAAAUGGCCUAGUAAUCAAUUGGUGAUGGAAGGUGAAAAUGCACAAUUUAAUUGUCGUGUUAUGGCACUUUCUGAGCCCAUCGUCACAUGGCAUUUUGGUGACGUUCAAUUAUCUCAAAGUGUAAAACAUAUGCAACGCUAUGCUGGGCACGAUUAUUCCCUAAAAAUAAAUAGGGUACGUACGGAAGAUGCAGGACAUUAUACUGUUCGUGCUGAAAACAGUUUUGGAAAACGUGAAUUCCCUGUCUUACUAACAGUACAACCACUACAAGAAAUUAAAAUUGAACCGUUGCCACCAACAUCACGUAAAAAGAUUGAACCAGCGCCCGUCGAAAUGUUCCAUGAAGAAGAGACAGCACCGCGUUUCGCUUUCCAUCUACGAAAUCGUUAUAUACAAGAAGGUGGAAGUGUGAAACUGACAUGCUCUGUCGAUGGUUGUCCUACUCCAGUAAUCACAUGGUUUAAAAAUGGUAAAGAAUUAAGAAAAGGUGAUGGGAAUUAUGAAAUUCAACAGAUGCUUGGUAUUACGUCACUUGAAAUAUAUUCCUGUUCAGAAAAUGACUCUGGACGAUAUUCCUGUCGUGCAGUGAAUAGUCAUGGUGAACAUGAAACUGAAUGUAAAGUUAUCGUUGAAGCGAGCCGUGUUAAACGAUUUCUCAGUGCUCAACAUGCUGACCGAAAAAUACGUUCAAGUAGUCAACAACCUACUGGUUUUGAAUCAAGAAAUGAAAAUUCUUCAUGGCGUGAUGAUAAAAGAACUUUGACUCGUCUUACUGAAAGACAUGCAUCAGAAGUACGUGAAAUUAAUGAAACACGUGAUAAAUGGUCAAAUAAUGAAAUCAGAGGAUUACGUGACUUAGUGGAACAUAGACCUUCCAAUGGUGAAAUCCAACCUAUUCGAGUUGCUGCACCUAAAUUGUCAAAAGGGUUAAAACCCAUUACACAAGUUGAAUUAGGCAAAAGUUUCAAAUUGGAAGCAAGAUUUGAACCAACAAAUCCUCCAACUAAAAUUCGCUGGAGUUUUAAUAAUCAAGAAAUCACUUCAGACGGUAAUAUAAAGAUCACAACAUCUGAAGAUGGUGAAUUCAGUUAUCUUGAAGUAUUUGAUUCUAGUUUUUCAAAUGCAGGUGAUUAUGAAGCUAAAGCUGGGACAACUAUUACUCGAACCAGUGUCAAAAUUGAAGCCCCAGCUAAUUCAUUGAAUGGAAUGAUAGAUGAAAAUGAUGACGAACUGUCAGAUGAAUUUUCUAGUCAAGCUGUUGAACAAGUAAUAAAUGAUAAUGAUGAAGGAAUCAUACCUAAAGCUGUUGGAUUAGCGCCAUUAUUCACUGUCCAUCCAAUAAGCCAAACUGUCAAAGAAGGAGAUACGGUUUGUUUAGAGUGCACUGUAUCAGGAGAUCCCAUUCCAGAAGCUGAGUGGUAUUAUAAUGAUGGUCCCAUUCAAGCUGGACAUAUAUUUUCUCAAGAUAACGAAAUCAUAAAGCUUGAAUUACAAGCUCUAUUACCCGAAGACACUGGUACUUACGAAUGUCGUGUCACAAGUUCAAUGGGAAAAGCAUCGACUGUUGCCUUCCUUGUUGUCGAACCUGCAAAUGAAGUGCCGAGAGGACCUAAUUUCCUUACGUUCCCACAAUCACGUAGUGCUGAAGAAAAUGAAUCUGUUACUUUGAAAUGUUCCUUUAGUAAUUCACCAGUUGAAGAAGUUUUUUGGUUUCGCAACGAUACACCGCUGGAUCCUAAUUAUUGUGAUUUUGAUAAGUCUGCUCAGACCAGUAUAUGCAUCCUUCCAUCGGUGAAAGCAUCAAAAGAUUCUGGAAUUUAUUCAGUAAAAAUCAAAGAUAUUAAUGGUAACUCAUUUGUAUGUAAAUUUUGCCUACAAGUCAUACCAUCUUUAUUGGUGAAUGAUAAUAAUUCAGUUAAAGUAAUUUAAAAUUACAUAUUUUGUACAGGAAAACUAACUUAUCCUAAUGUUAUCAUGAUAAAUGGCUUCAAAAUUGUAAUAGACCAUAUACUAACUAGCAUUUCAGAAUAAAUUUAUGAUCUAAAAAGAAAACAUUAUGUUCCCAUAUUCAAGCACAAUAUCACACACAAUCUAUGAACUAUUAUCAUUAAUUGAUUUAUACAUUUUUUUCUCUCUCAAAACAUUAGUAAUUCAUAGAAACCUUUUAUUCUCCUCCCCUCCCCCUUGAUUAUACUAACAACAAAUGCUUUUUCCCAAUUUGAAUAAAAUUCAAACAACAACAUAGAAACAAACAAAUCAAUAAAAAUCUCCGGAAAUAAUUGUGUAAAUGAUACAAUCAUUAGAGGAAUAUUAUUUUUCAAGUAGACAAAACAACCAACAGAAAGAAUAUUCCAAAUCAGUUUUGUUUUUCUUAAAAGGAAAAAGAAAAGAUUUCAUUUUCUUUUAGUUCAUGUUAUUAUUUUGCUAGUCAUUUCAAUGUGUAUACAUACUUGUAUGUAUAAGAUGAGAUCAUAUUCACUAAAUAAAGAAAUAAAGGAAAAAAUGAUACGUUAUGAAUGUUAUAGAAAGUCAAUCACUGACUGUUCACUUCUGUAUUUUGUGACUUGAAACAACAACAACAACGAAAAAAACGAUUACUAAAACUUUUCAUUUUCAACGCUUUACUUUCUCCCAUUUCGUUUUUUUUGUCUGUUUUUGUUUUUAACUUUCCAAAGUACUAUAGAUGUUUUUUUUUGUUGUUGUUGCCAAACAUGGAAGGAUUAUCUAAUAUCAUACAUGUGUAUACUAUUAUCUUUUAUUUAUCAUAAUAACUAUUAAUGUGAUUAAACAUUUCAACAUUUAUCUUGCCUUUCUCUGUUGUCUUUUUGUUGUUGUGUUUUUAGACAAAAUUCUUUGAUGCUUCCUCCCUUUGUUUUUGUUCUCUCUUAAUUUAUUUACUUAUUCUCAUUCCCAUGAAUAUUUCUUUAUUGGAAAUAAAAAGAAAUCUGUUCCCUUCCUCGCCUAACCGGAUGCUUUAUUAUACUCAUAUUUUCUUUAAAUAUUUAAAAGAAAUUUUAUGAUUAUAUACAAAGAAAACGACUAUACAAAACUUUAUUAUAAUAUAAAACAAUUCUAACAGUUAUUGGUUAGUUAGUCUUUUGUUUCCAAGUUGUAUGUACGUAAUCAUAAAGCAUACAUUUCCUCAUUUAUUCAUUUAACUCUUUUUAAAAUAAUAUUUUCUUUUUCUAUGUUAUAUAUUUGUCUUCUAUUAACAACGUAAUUGUUGAAAAAAAUAGUUGCUAACCUCUCUAUUUGAAUCAUUUAUCAUUAUUAUUGUUGUUCUGUUAUGAUUUCUUUCGAAUUUAAUGAGUAGUUAUGAAAUAGGCUACAGUGUAAGUAAAAACUUACUAAAACUGUUGAUAAGAUCUUAUGAUUUCCAAAAAAGAAAACACAACAAGAACGACGACAACAACAACAACAACGACCAACUCUUCUGUUUUAUUACAAAUAAGAAUAAUCUAAAUGAACAAUGAUUAAUGUUAUCAUUUAAAAUUAUUUCAAUUCCCCUUGAAAUUUUUCUUAAUUUAUCACUAGUCUAUUCGCAUGUUUAUUUACUUAUACAAAGUAAAAUCUUUUCUCAAUUCUAAAUCUUUUCUUUGUUCUUUGAUAUAUUAUGCAAGUGACUAAAUGGUAUUAAUCAUAAUGAUGAUAAUACUGAUUAUUCUUAUUAUUCUGUUAUCCAUUACUUGAUAAUGAUAAAUAAUAAUAAUCAUCUCACUCAUUAUAUGUGCUAUUUUUUAGCCAUUGAAACAAGAAGUUAAAUUGAUUUUACGUAAUCUGUAUCCUGUUUUUACAUGAUUUUUUCUCUUCCUUUUGUUGUCGUACUUUUUCUCAUCGUUAAGUCCUUUUUUUUCUUCUUUAUUGCCUAUUUGUUUCUUUCAACAGAACUGAAAAAAAAACUCUUCUUCUACCUGACCCUAUAUUAAAUGAUAAUUAUUUACUGACACAAAUUAUGUUCGAUCUGAGAGAAAAAAAGAAUCUGUUUUAAAAAAAUAAAGUUUGAAAAUUUAUUUUCUGUUUUAUAACAUGAACUAAUUUAAGGGCUUACUAGUAUUGCUUUAAGUAAUCUUUGAUACUGAACAUGUUUUAUCCAGUUGAUCCAAAUUCCGUUACAGAGUGAAAAAGAUUUCAACCAGCGAGAAGCUCUGAACUUGGAUUUUGAGCUUAUUGUUGCUUGUAAGUACGGCAUAUUUGUAUUCUUGAAGCAUCACAUACUUUCUGUACAGUUUGGGCCUACAUUACCAAGUGUCAUUGUAGAAAAUACUAUUACUGUUCUGUUCGAGUCAAAAUUGACUUAAUGUACAGUUGAAGUAUCUUACAGUGGUCGGUCACCGAUUAGUAACCAAUAUCAUAUUUAUUUAUUCAUUAGUACUGGUUGAACUCGAUAGAUCAAAAUAACGAUAUGGCCACUAGAUUACAGACACAUUUCGCUGACGUGUAGUAACUAGCAUUAAGUUUAGAUAUGUGUUUUGGUUACUCACAAACAUCCAAUAUCAAACUUAUUGCAUCCAAUAUUGAUUCAGUUAAACCAGGAACCACUUCGCAACUUGAUCAAUACAAUUCGAUCAACAUUCGAAACUGGUCAAGGACGAAAUUAAUUAUUAUUCAACAAUUAAUCGGUGCAAUGUUUAAUUACUUUUCAGUAAACACACGAGAAUUGUACUAGUUAAUUCUAACUUUAAUUAGGAAGAUAAUCGAUAAUGAUAGUUCUGAUAUGAUGGAGAGAAAAGUCAAUUUUCGAUUGAUUUACUCAU